AAAACCGUAGAGCUAGAAUGUUGUUGCCGAUUUCUAGCGUAUAUGAUCGUGUGCGCUUGUGUAGUAUGUAUGUGUGCAGGUCUGUAGUUGUUUCCCUGUGUAUAAUUUGGAUCCAUCGCAUGCAUCCAUCCAUCCCAUCCCCCACCAUUGUUGUAUACCCACCCAUUCAUUGGACAGCACCAGUGUAGGUUAUAUCUCUGAAUUAUUCAGAUGCAGUACCCCUUCUAUUGUACAAUGUGGAAUGUGAAUUGUUCUGCUGCUUUUUAUCUUCUGAUAAUAUCUAUGAAAGCAAUGUGAAUAGUUCUGCUACUCUUAUGACUUCCCUAUGAAUUUUCAGCUGUAAAAAAGAUCCUCCUGGAUUAUUCAGAUACUCUGUUUCCUACUGUAUAAGAAUUUGCAGAGGCUCAGGCACAAACGCAGAGGGUGGACGUAAACGAUGGGAGAAGGCGUAUUCCACAUGUGCGUUAAGCCCACUGGGAAGCGUAUGGACAUUGGAUAAGGCAAGCUAGACGCUGCCGCGCGUUCCAACUCCCACCUCCGUCCCCGGCGGGAAGCGGAGACCUCCCGCUGCCACUACCAUUCCGGCGGCCAUGGCCACCACCGCUGCCGCCGCCGCCGCCGCCGUCUCAAACCUCUCCCUCCGCCUCCCUUCGACACUCCCCUCUAGGUUUUCCCUCCCCACCCGCCUCAUACGCACUCCACACGCUCCGCGGCGACGCCUCAGGACGGCCGCCUCGCGAACCCUAGCACCGCCCGCCGCGUCGGAAUCGCCCGAGGCGGAGGAGCUGCGGCUGGAGGCGGAGUCCGCGCUGGAGUGGGGCGGGGUGUGCGCGCGGCUGGCCGACUUCGCUGCCACCGCCGCGGGCCGCGCCGCCUGCGAGGAGGGCCAGGUCCCCGUCGGCCGGAGCCGGGAGGAGAGCGAGCGGCUGCUCGAGCAGACCGCCGCCGCGUCGCUGCUCUCGGCGCCGCUGGAUUUCGGCGGCGUGGGCGACGUGUCCGCGGUCGUCGCGGCGGCGGCCCGUGGCCGGCUGCUCGCCGUUCGGGAGAUAUGCGGCGUCGGCCGCAGCCUCCAGGCCGCGCGCGAGGUGUUCGACCAAGUGAAGACCAUCGCCGAGGAGAUGCCAGAUGGGAGGUAA